AUGCCUAACAGAAACUUCCCCCGGUUUUUUGAUAUUCCCGCGUUCCUAGCACACGGCAAGGCUAUUAAGGAAACUAAAGCGAAACUCCAAACAGUCAAGUUUGAAAAGGAAAAACUCAGGAAAGAUAGAGAGUAUGUCGAGAAGGAGAUCGAGGAGUUAGAGAAAGGUGGCAGAAAUGAUGGGGAAACGGAUAUUGAAGAGGACAUCACGGAGCUUCGAACAGAGUUGCAAAAGCUAGAUAACAAGAAACAGAAAUUGAAUCGUGAGAAGGAGAAACUUAAGGAAACAAAGAAGAGGCACCAGAAGGCAAUGGAAAGGCUACAAAGAAGAUAG